ACGUUCAGAUCUGACUACCUUCCCUACGAUAUAACAUAUCGACCCCUUCGUGUACAAGAGGAAUACAGGCCCAUUGCUGGAGAAAUUGACCUGGCCACCACGUACAGAAGGGAUUUCAACCCUCACAAAAUAGAGCCAGUAAUAUUAGUAAGACCUGCAGAAAAGAAAUACCUUUCUAAAUGCAAACUGAAUGCCAUUCCAACCUACCAAGCUGAUUUUAAACCCUGGGAAAUAGAAAAAAGGGCACCCUGUAAAGUGGAGCGCCGCUAUCAGCCUCCCACCGAAAAGUUUGGAAACGCCACUACCUCUCAGGAUGCUUUUAUUCCACGGGAACUGGCCCUCCGGAAGAUCAUUAAACCUGCUGACGCCACCACGCUUUCAGACCAGCCUUUUGUCGGUGACACAAGUCAUCGGCGCGAUUAUGUCCCUCAUCAGCUGGAACCCAAGUGGAACAAGUCAAAAGAAGCAUACCGGCCCAGUAGUCAGCCUUUUGAAAAUAUCACCACCCACCAGAGUGACUUCAGAGGGCUUCCUGGCGAUCUUCCCAAAAGCUUCAGGCCCGAGGUUGCCAAAAUGGAAACCAAAUCCGAUUUUGAGGGCAUCACAGAAUUCCGCGAUCGCUUUCAGCCGUGGGCAGUUUCCUUACCCGAGCUUCGUAAAGCGAAGGAGUACGCUCCCCCUACAGGCAGCAUGGAGCUGAAUUCCACAUCCCGCCUGGAUUAUCCUCCUCACAUCGUCAGUCCAGUGGUCCUCAUGAAACCGCUGGAAAGGAGCAAAAUAAGCGGCUUUCCCUUCCAAGGAAACACAACGAUGAGAGAUUCCUUUCAGGCUUGGGAACUCCACCCACCAGAAAUGAUUAAAAAGCCCCAGGAAAUACCAAAGCCCACAGGUAAAUUUGAAGAUCUCACCACCUUCCGAUCUCACUAUACGCCACACAGUCUAAUCCCAACCCAGAGUUGCAAACCUCCAACGGUAGCUUUGUCCAGUUCGGCACAUUUUGAGGAUGAAACCAUAUAUCAUAGGGACUAUACCCCAAAGAAAAAAGAGAUCUGUCCAGCCAAUUACCCGUCUCCUCCAGGAUAUGCCUACGUCAGCACCGAUUCGCGCGGUCACAAAUUCUUCCGCAAGGUGACCCCGGAAGUCAGUAAGGUGGUCCAUCCAAAUGGCAACCAUGUUCCAAAAGAAAUAGCCGUUGCAUCGUAAUCUCUCAUGGUUUGCUCUGCCCAGGGCUGAACAAAUAUCAUGCCUUAGGCAGAUUAAUACGGUUGCUCUAACCAUUAAAAUAAGCACAGUGAUUACAAUGAUUUGGGAAAGGUGAAAAUUGAAGUGUUUGUAAGAAUGGUGAUGGAAACUGAAUCAGUAUUUCUAUGGGAAAAAAUUUUUCUUCUUCAGUUGUUUGUUAAAAUAAUUUAGUCCUUAAUGAAAAUGUCUCGCUUGGCAAUAACUUGACAAUUUAAUACACAGUCAGCACUUCUACUAUGUACUGUAUAGUAUGAUUUGAAGGUAAUCUGUCUGUAGCUACCUUUUUUUUUUUGCCAAUCUAUUUUCUCAAGUUAGAUCCAGGAAGGAAUCAUUAGUUACACCUAUAGUUUUUCCAGGUUAAUUUCUGGCAUGUUAUCUUCAGUAAUGUCUGGUCACAGAAGUAGACUAGAGUUGACUGAUUACUGGCUAGAGAGAUCAACAGGAGCCAAUGAUUAUGUUUACAAAUAAGCCUAUACUACCUUGAACCAAAAAUAUUAUAACAGCAUGUUGAGUGAUCUCUGAACUAGCUUGCUUUUUUUUUUUUUUUUUACUUUACGGGGCUUAUUGGAUGAUAAGUGACACUUAACUGGUCACUGAUCUGCAUUAUCAGCAUAUCUGUACUUGCCUGAAAUAUGGGGCAAACCUCAACAUUCUGGCAUCCUGUCCUAUCAACACAACUUUUGGGGUUGGAACAAAAGGCAGAGUCUUAGUCUCACUGCUCGAUGUCCCUUGAAGCAUCUUCUUUGAAGCAAAUUCAGUUGAGCUAACUACCCUGGAAAGAUUUAUAGGAUCGCAAGUAUGCAUAUGGCCUCAGCCUCACUAGACAGAUGGAGAAAAAAUUCGAUUCAGUUUCAAUUUGAUUCAAUUUCUUAUUGAAAAAAAGAGAGAGCAAGAUAACAUUGUAGAAUGAUAAAUCAGCCUUUCAGAUCGUUAUUUCAGCCGGACAUGUUUUUUUUUAUUAAUGAAGUCCUGAUUUGAUUAGUCCUAAACUGAUGAAAUUUGUUCCAGUGAGUGUUUCUGUUUCAAUGUGAUAGAUUGAAUUUUGAGUUAUUUUGUACUCGUUAAUUUAAGGAAAUGGUUUUAUAAUUGAAGCACCAUGUAAUCCUUCUGCUCAAGUUAUCCAAGUCAGAGACUGAGACUGAUAAAUAGUGUCAAAAGAGCGAAAAUAAAUCAUCCCAAAAAGGGCAGGAAACCAUCUGAAUGUCUGGGAAUGUUUGCUUUGUGUCACUCACACAGAUACAGACUGAGAUUAGCAUCCAUUUAUUUUAUAACUUGUCUUAUGUAAAUGUAUUGCUCUAAAAAUCUAAUUAAACACUGUUGUGUCACA